AUGCACCUUGGUAUGAAGAAUGAUGCAGAAGAAAAGAAGGUCGGUGAUCGUGCCCGAAUCGAUCAACGCAGUGGUACAGUAGCAUACGUGGGCCCAACUAAAUUUGCUCCCGGCGAAUGGAUCGGACUUGUGCUGGAUGAGCCGUUAGGCAAGAAUGAUGGAUCUGUUCAACGACCGAUAUUUUUCUGCACUCCAGAUCACGGUUUGUUCUGCAAGUCCAGCAAACUGGAUCGAAUAUUGUUGUCACCUGCGCGGUUUAAAUCACCGACUCCUGGAGAGAAUGAUGCCAAAAGUCCUUAUGCUGCUGAAUAUGGGUUUGAUAUCGACGAUCGUGUUGUGGUUUCUGGUGGCAAGCAAGGUAUUGUGAGAUUUAUCGGCGAAACUGAAUUCGCUCAAGGUAUUUGGGCAGGAAUUGAAUUGGAACAGCCGUUAGGAAAGAACGAUGGAAGUGUGCAGGGCAAAAGGUACUUCACAUGCAAAACACCUUACGGCGUGUUCGUGCCGGCUUCUAAAACUCAGAGAGCACCAUCACAAACACCUAAUAGGGCUAAGGUCGUGCAAACGAAAACAUCCCUCCUACGGCAGAACCGAGGCUUGGGUGGAAGUCGUGAAUCCCUUUCAUCCAUAGGAAGAUCAAGUGUGGCUUCUUCGCGGUUCGGCGUUGUUCGUAAACCUCCACAUAGUCAGCCACAUGGUACGGAAAAUGCCACAAUCAAAGCGCUACAGGAUGCGCUUCAAGAAAAGGAACGCCAUUUAGAGCAGCUUAUGCGUGAACGUGAUAUGGAACGAUCCGACUUUGGUGUGAUAGGAAACGGUGAUCAGGCAGAAAAGAUUGCAAAGCUUGAGUCAGAGAAAAGGAGCUUGAAAAACGAGCUGCUAGCAAAGGAAAAAAUUAUUGAAGAUCUCAAUUUUCGCCUAGAGGAAGAAGUUAUAGCGAAAGAAUCACUGACAAGUGAGAUUGCUAGUCUCAAAAAAGAGCUGGAAGGAGAAAGAGAAAAGCAUAAACAUCUGUUGGAGUCAGAAAAAGCGAACAACGAGGAUAAAGAACAGCUUCUGGAAGCGUUACGUGCAGAAUUAGAAGUGACCAAGGAACUCCUCACUAAUGAGCACGCUGCUAAGGAGAAACAGCUGGUUGAUGCGAACGCUGCGAUAGAAGAGAAGAGUAAACUCCUGGAAGCAGCAGAGCAGUCGUCUCAAGCAGCUCACAAAGAGCUGGAGAAGGUCACAGCUGAACUUCAAGCAACGCUGAACAAGGUGAAGGAGCAAAGUGAGUUGGUGGAGAAGCUCGCAAACAGCAAGGAGUCAGGUGAUGCAGUGCUAACGCAGAGAUUGACAGCCCUCGAAAAGGAGUUAGAAAUGAAAACCAACGAUUCGCUGUCUAAGGAACAAGAGAAGAAGUCUCUGGAAGAAAAUGUUAGAACCCUGGAACAGCAGCUUAGUGAGAUAAGGGGCUCUUUGGAAGCAGUUCAGCAGGAAAAGACAACGAAGAAAGCUGAAGUCGAUGGACGUCUAACUGAAGAGCAAAAGAAGAGUGAAGCGGUUCUCAACGAGCAAUUGCAAAAGAUCAAAGCGAUUACUGUGAGAAAGAGGCGGCCGAAGCGGCUCUGGGUGAUGCCAAAAAUGCGAACGAAUCGUUGA